UUCCAGUAAACCCCCGGCUGUCCCGGCCACCUUGCGGUGCUCUCUGCUGGGUCUCCACCCUCCUUCGGCUUCCUCAGCGACGUCGCCCCUCAAGACAUGGCUGCCCAGUGUGUCACGAAGGUGGAGCUGAAUGUUUCCUGUGACAACCUUUUGGAUAAAGAUGUAACAUCAAAGUCGGAUCCUUUGUGUGUGCUGUUUUUGAGCACAAGUGGUCAACAGUGGUAUGAGGUUGAACGGACAGAAAGGAUUAAGAAUUCUUUGAAUCCCAAAUUUUCUAAGACAUUUAUUAUUGAUUACUACUUUGAAGUGGUUCAGAAACUGAAAUUUGGAAUUUAUGACAUCGACAACAAAACUAUUGAACUGAGUGAUGAUGACUUCUUAGGAGAAUGUGAAGUCACUCUUGGACAAGUUGUUUCAAGUAAGAAGCUAACUCGACCACUGGUGCUCAAAAAUGGCAGACCUGCAGGGAAAGGAAGUAUUACGAUUUCAGCAGAAGAAAUCAAGGAUAACAGAGUGGUAUUGUUUGAAAUGGAAGCCAGAAAACUGGAUAAUAAGGAUCUGUUUGGAAAGUCAGAUCCGUACUUGGAGUUUCACAAACAGACAUCAGAUGGCCAUUGGCUGAUGGUUCACCGAACAGAGGUCAUAAAAAACAACCUGAAUCCUGUGUGGAAGCCUUUUAAAAUCUCUCUUAACUCUCUGUGCUAUGGAGAUAUGGACAAAACCAUUAAGGUAGAGUGUUAUGAUUAUGACAAUGAUGGAUCACAUGACCUUAUUGGAACAUUUCAGACCACGAUGACAAAACUCAAAGAAGCCUCCCGAAACUCACCUGUUGAAUAUGAAUGCAUAAAUGAAAAAAAGAGACAGAAGAAAAAAAGCUACAAGAAUUCAGGUGUGAUCAGUGUAAAGCACUGUGAGAUUACUGUAGAAUGCACAUUUCUUGACUACGUCAUGGGAGGGUGCCAGCUGAAUUUUACUGUGGGAGUGGACUUCACCGGUUCCAAUGGUGACCCCAGUUCUUCAGAUUCCCUGCACUACAUCAGCCCUAAUGGUGUCAAUGAGUAUCUGACUGCCAUCUGGUCUGUGGGAUUGGUAAUUCAAGAUUAUGAUGCUGAUAAGAUGUUUCCAGCUUUCGGCUUUGGAGCUCAGGUGCCUCCUCAGUGGCAGGUGUCGCAUGAAUUUCCAAUGAACUUUAACCCAUCAAAUCCCUAUUGUAAUGGAAUCCAAGGCAUUAUAGAAGCUUAUCGGACCUGUCUUCCUCAGAUAAAACUCUAUGGACCAACUAAUUUUUCUCCAAUUAUAAAUCAUGUGGCCAGGUUUGCAGCUGCAGCCACACAGCAGCAGACAGCAUCUCAAUACUUUGUGCUCUUGAUCAUCACGGAUGGUGUGAUCACAGACCUUGAUGAAACUAGACACGCUAUCGUCAACGCUUCCAAGCUGCCCAUGUCUAUCAUCAUCGUGGGAGUUGGGGGAGCCGACUUUAGUGCCAUGGAGUUUCUGGAUGGUGAUGGGGGGAGUCUCCGUUCCCCAUCAGGAGAGGUGGCCAUAAGAGAUAUUGUUCAGUUCGUGCCUUUCAGACAGUUCCAGAAUGCUCCAAAAGAAGCACUUGCUCAGUGUGUCUUGGCAGAGAUUCCCCAGCAGGUGGUGGGCUACUUCAACACAUACAAACUCCUUCCUCCCAAAAACCCCGCUGUGAAGUAGGAGCCAGGACACCUCCAGGAUUCCUAAGCUGUGUGGAGCAAUGCCAUCUCUUAUGCAGAAUGAUUUAUCUACCUUAUGUGCUUUUCACCCACAGUGUUCCUGAUAGAAACCCAACUUUUUGUACAUAUUUUAUCUGUUUAAAACAUACAUUUUAUACUUUUUGAAGAGGACAAGAGCAAGUCUAUCUCUGCUUAGUAAAUUCAGUGAUUGUUAGUGAUUUAUAGAAAUUCUAAGAGUGCUAUUUGGAAUUGUAUUUAAUGUGGGAAAAGUGGGAAUUUGUUGGUUUGUUGUCUACUGUCUAUAAUGAAAAUUCCAUUUUAAAAUGUAGUCAGAGCAAAUGAGGAAUUACAAGAUGAUGUGGUUUGCAGGUUGCUAUAUUGUUUAUAGUAAAUAUACUCUGUACUCGUGACUGAGAGAGCUCCUUAAGACAAAUAGUGCUGAAUUUGUAUCUGUUACUCUGUAUUUUGCCCCUCUUCAUGCUGCAAUGAUGCAUUAUGCAUUAUACAAAACUAUUUUCACUUAGGUCUUCAUAAAAAGCAAGGGACUUACUCAGUUUUUUGUUUUGUAUUGUUUUGUGUUUGUUUGUUUGUUUCCAAGGCAGGGUUUCUUUGUGUAGCUUUGAAGCCAGUCCUGAAACUCUGUAGACCAGGCUGGCAUUGAACUGAGAUCCACCUGCUCUGCCUCCCAAGUGCUGGGAUUAAAGGUGUGCACCACCACUGCCUGGCCUGUCAGUUUUUAAAAUGUACAAUCAACCAGGGGGAAAAUUCUUGUAGACAAGACAGUUUUGCCUUUUGAAAUCUCUUUUCAUUGUGAACUAUUGCUCACAAUAUGGUCAGAUUUGGCCUUUCUUUUACUGAGUAAACAAGACACCUGAGCUUCUGUUGAAGUACAAAUGGUAGGUCAUCCCAGAAUUGAUAUAACUUAGAUCAGUGUAAGUUUGCGAAGUGAUUUGGAUUGUUUUGUCCAUUAAAGCUGAGAGGACCAAACAUUUAAGAUAAAAAUUAACUAUUGUAGACUUGGCAUGAUGACACUUCAUCCCAGUACUUGAGAGGUAGAAGCUGGAGGGUCAUCAGAAGACAACCCGCAUACGUAGUAAGUUCCAGGUCAGCCAGCUACACAGAGUAUGUUUCAAAGUAACAAAGAAAAGUAAAUAAUUGAGAAAUCAUCCAAUUUUUCUAAUGGCAUAAUUGUUAGAGAUCAUUUUUAUUCUUUUCUUGCUAUGCACCUGCACAUUGAUUUUUAUAGAUUUAUUUAGAAAUUUUUGCCUUUUAAAAAUGAUAUUUUUGUUUUCUUUAAACAUGUAGUUCCAGUUAUUUAUUAAUCAAAAUUCCAUUUUUCAUUUCAAUAAUGUACUAUUUCCUAAGUCUAGAAUGUGUUCUGUUAAGCAUACAACCUGAUACAUUUAAAAGAAAAAAAAACCACAUACAAAUAAUUUUUUGAAACUUUUUCAACUGCUACAUUUAGAUAGUGUGGACUUAGUCUGCUUGUUUUGAAGACUAGAAUUACCUCAACUUUACCCUUUGAAAUUUCAAAAAUGAGCACCACAUUUUUGGAAUAGAUUCUGUAACAUUUGUCUGAAAUCUGGAUGCCAAAUACUUUUGCCGUCUAUGCGGUGGCCAAUCAUCACUAACAAUUUAACAUUUAGAAUUGUGCAUUCGUCAGAUAUUCUUAAGUGGAUGUCUAACACUAGUCAGUGUUACUGAGCUCCUCUACUGCUGCCUUUGUCUUCGGUCUCUGCAGGCUUCUCAGAAAACACUUACUGCUGAGAUCUGGCUCAGAGCAGAUCUACCUGUCUUGUUUGCAUAGCCCAGUGAAGGUUGUCUCCUUCUCACCUGGGUGCCUGCCAUCUUCUUACGUGCUGUUAACCUGAGGCAGUGCACCUUUAUAACAGGGCUUCUUCAAUUUAUUUUUACUUUGCAUCCUUUCACUCAAGGCAUGUUUAUGCAACCCCAGUUUUAUAAGCAUUUAAAAUAGGUAAUACAAAUCAAACAUUGUAAGUAAAUCAAAUAAAAUUUAUUUUAGGGAUCUGGACAGAUGGCUCAGGGUUCAGAGCAUAUAUUGUUCUUGCAAAAGACCUGAAUUUGGUUCCAAGAGCCUACAUCAGCUCACAGUUGCCCGUGACUCCAGCUUCAGGGGACCUGAUGUCUUCCUCUGUCCUCGGUGUGCACCUGCACAUUCACACAGAGCACAGAAACAUCUUUAUUUAGCACAAUUUUUAUUAGAUUUACAAUUUUACCACAUAUUAAAGAGGAAGACAUAUUUGCCUACUUAUAAGGUGGAUAUCCUUUUUUUUAACAUAAGAAUUAGAUCUCAACUAAGCAUCUUUGAUGUGCUUCAGACUUGGUUGAUAUUUUGUUUUUCUCAUUGUCAAUGCUUUCACUUAAAUACAUAGUACAAAAUGUCAUAAAUAUGUUUAGGGCUGUUAAAGAUUUUAGAAGUUCUGUCCCUAUCCAAAGCCAAAACUUAUUUAAAAUUUUUGAAUGAAGUUGAAGCCUACAAUUUUUAAAAUCAAACUUCCUAACACAAUACAGUCUAGAGAUUCUGACUUAAUUACUGACUUGAUUCAGAAUAGCAGAGGGUAUUGAAGUCUUUGUUUUCUAUAACGAAGCAUUUAUGCUUCAGGAAGCUUAGUUUGUACAGUGAAAUGACUAUAACUCAUAAUACAUGAAGUAACCUGUAUCGAGCUGAGGUAUUCAGACAGGGUUUAUUGUUGUUGCAUGGCAUGACAGGAAGUGCAUCAGGUGUGUCUCAGAACCAAGGCUGCAGUGAAGUUGAGUGAUAUAGGGGGAAGCCCAGAAACACCUCAGAUUCAUUACACAUUUGGUUUUGAAUUAAUUUUUGGCCACUGUGUAUUAGACAUUAGAAACCUUUUACUGUUGUCAGGUUUUCAGUCUACAUGACUGCUUAUGGGGCCAUGACCCUGGGCUCCACAGCAUGAUUCAAUAGAGAAGGCGAAGACUGAUUUCCUUUCUUUUCUUUAUUUUGAAACCAUUAUUGUUUUACAUGUCUCAGUUCUCUGUGCUUGGAAAGACAUCACUGUGGUUUUUAGGACUUUCUUUUGCAUACAGAGGGAACCAGCACAGAAAUGUCUUACAGAUUCUCAGUGUAUGUUAUACAGUAACAGAGGGCCUUCUCUGGCUCUGAAGCAGGGCUCACUGAGCUUGCUAAGCCCCAGAGGGUGCUCAGAACCGCAGUCCUUUCUUCAUGUUUGCAUUGGGCAUCUGGCAGCCAUCUUCCUGCCGUUUGGUUCUUAGCAGUUUUAUAUUCUGGCUUACCAGAAUUGUUUCCUUUUAAAAUACUUUUUCUUUAAAUGACUCAUCAUGAUUGGGUUUUUAUAGAUUUGUUAUUUAUAAGAGUUGUGAUUAUAAGAGUUAAAGUAAUCCAUACGUUACUGCAGUGUGAAAUAAAAGCAUUUACAACAUCUAAAUUAUCUCUUAUAAAACUCUUAGUUUCAGCACUCAAAUUCAUUUCAUGCUAUUUAAUGUUUUCUGUAAUCAAAUAUUUAUUUUCCCUGUUGUGCCACUAUGUGAACAAAUGCCAUUCAUUUUUAAAAUGAAAAUCUCCAAAUUGACUUUCGUUUCUUUGUAACACGUAUGUAUACGAUCAUGAUUUCUCACGUGCAUAUCUUCAGAACUAGUGUUCCCACUGGUCUAGUCACCUCAUCAAUUUUUUUUAAAGGUCAUUAAUAGAUUCGGGGCCUCAUUGCUGCCUGUGCUGCAUUCUGACUUGCUUUGCCCCUUUCGUGUGUUUCCUAGAAAGCCAUCUUCAAGAAUGCUCUCUAGUCUAUUUUUCAUGAAGGUGAUGUAAGGUAAGUUAGCAGCUGGGUGAAAAUUGUGAGCAGUUGUGUUGCUGUGGAUGUCACAGUAUGUCCGUAACUUACCGUACAUGAAUUCAUGCCACAUGUAUCUUCUGUGUGAAUUCCCUUUGGAUAAAGUUACUUCUUGAUGUAA